CUCUUUUUUUCGCUCGUUUGUUGGGAGGUUUACGGGUCGGAUUUUUGUGUGUUUUUGCCUUUCAUUCCCUUGAACUUCCUCACGCGAUAUGACUUCAAACGGAUCUGCUUUGCCCGUCCAGAAUGGUGGCCAGAAUGGCGAUUCAGAGCCCUUGAACCGUGCAGACGAGGUCGACGAUUUACUCAAAGCCGUCCAAGAGCUCAUAAUACCCUUCAUCAGAUCGGCGGAUGAGGAUGCUGCCACCAAGCAUACCGGCCAUGGGCUUUCAAUCCCCGGUGGAAAACCGAGAACAGCUUUGGUCGAACAUCACCAACCUGAGGAACUGGUGAAGCUUAUGGACUUCAAAUUGCCAGUCGAAGGUAAAGGGAAAGAAGGUCUAUUGCAGACGGUUGAGCAAGUGCUCAAAUACAGUGUCAAUACUUGGGACCAGGGAUUUUUGGACAAACUCUAUGCAAGCACCAAUGCGGUUGGCUUGAUCUCUGAACUUCUUUUGGCCACCUUGAAUACCAAUCUCCAUGUUUUUCAAGUUUCUCCCGCUCUCUCCGUGAUUGAAAAGACCACAGCCCGUACAUUUGCCAAUCUGUUUGGCUUCAAUGGUCCCCACGCAGGGGGAAUCUCCACCCAGGGCGGCAGCGCCUCAAAUACCACCUCCAUAAUAAUAGCCCGCAACAAUUUAUACCCAGAAACCAAAACCGCCGGUAACGGGAACCACAAGUUUAUCCUCUUCUCUUCUGCUCAUGGACACUACUCUCUUGAGAAAGCGGCACAGAUCGGUGGAUUAGGGACCGACAACGUAUGGCCCGUCCCAAUUGAUUCACAAGGACGCAUGAUCCCCUCGGAGCUGGAGAGAUUAGUCCAGAAGGCCAAAGACGAGGGCAAGACGCCCUUCUACGUGAACGCCACAGCCGGCACCACCGUCCUCGGCUCCUACGACCCCUUCGAAGCCAUCUCCGCCAUCUGCAAGCGGCACAACCUCUGGCUCCACAUCGAUGCCAGCUGGGGCGGGCCCGCCAUCUUCUCCCCGAAACACAAGCACAAGCUCGCCGGCUCUCACCUGGCCGAUUCCCUCGCCGUCAACCCUCACAAGAUGAUGGCCGUGCCCACGACCUGCUCCUUCCUCCUCUCCCCAGACCUCCGCACCUUCCACCGCGCCAACACGCUGCCCGCCGGCUACCUCUUCCACGUCGAGAACGCGGGCGGCGAGGUCUGGGACCUGGCCGAUCUCACGCUGCAGUGCGGCCGGCGCGGCGACAGUCUCAAGCUCGCGCUGAGCUGGAUCUACUACGGCGCCUCCGGCUACCAGGCCCAGGUCGACCACGCCUUCGACGUCGCGGCCUACUUCGCGGCCGAGGUGCAGCGGCGCGCCGAUUUCGUCCUGGUCAGCGAGAACCCGCCGCCGUGCUUGCAGGUGUGCUUCUAUUUCGCCAAGGGGGGCCGGUUGGAGCUGCGGAGUGAGGAUAAUACGGCGAGGACGGCGAGGAUCGUGCACGAGUUGAUAGGGAGGGGCUUCAUGGUGGAUUAUGCUCCCGGGGAGAGGGGCAGCUUCUUUAGGGUUGUGGUUAACUCGCAGACGAGACGGGGGACGGUGGAUGGUUUGAUAAAAGCGAUUGAGGAUGUGGGAAAGGAUAUUUAGAUACCAGCGGCACUUGUGUAUGUGUCGAGAUAUAAGACUUUUGGUGGAAGCAAAAUGGUUGAUUCAAGCUAGCCAGUAUAAUGAAUGUAUCCCACUCCAACUCCGCCCAGACAACCGAUGUUAU